AUGGAUGAGGAAUACGACAUCAUCGUUCUUGGGACCGGGCUUAAAGUACUGCAUAUGGACAGGAACAACUAUUAUGGUGGGGAGAGCACGUCCGUGAACCCGCUUGAAAAGCUAUUUGAACGGUUUAACAAACCCUGCCCUACUGAUGAACGUUAUGGUCGAGGUCGGGACUGGAACGUUGACCUUAUCCCAAAGUUUUUGAUGGCUGAAGAGCUCAUGGGCAUUUUCGAAAAGAGGCGUUUCCGAAAGCUCCUAAUAUACGCAGACCAGGUCGAAGAAGACAAGAAGUCAACUUGGAACGGCAUCGAACUUGACAAGUGCAAUAUCAUGAAAGUUUAUGAGCACUUUGGUGUUGAUUCCAACACCCAGGACUUUGUUGGUCAUGCUAUUUGCCUGCACCAAAGUGAGGACUACAAGACCAAGUGCAGCGCACUGGACUGCAUAAAACGAAUGCAACUCUACAGCAACUCGCUGAUGCGCUACGGCAAGUCCCCCUACCUCUACCCCCUCUACGGUCUGGGUGAGCUGCCACAAGGCUUUGCCCGCCUCAGUGCCGUCUACGGUGGCACGUACAUGCUGAACAAACCGUUUGAGGGAUUUGUCAUGGAGAACGGCAAAGUGGUGGGUGUGAAAUCGGAGGGCGAAGUGGCAAAGUGCAAACAAGUGAUUUGUGACCCGAGUUACGCGCCUGAUCUAGUCCGAAAAGUUGGCCGGGUCGCGGCUGAGCGUUUCUUCGUCGCGAUGGUUGCCACCAUUGUCGAGACCGACAAUCCCCCACGUGAAUUGGCGGCUGGCAUUCGUUUAUUGGGUCCGAUGAGGGAGUGCUUUGUCAAGGACACUGACCUUUAUGCACCAAUCGGGCCCGGUACCGAUAAUCAGGUUUGUGUACCAUUUGAUUUUCAUCUACAACUGCAUCUGUUAUCAGUCGUUUUUCUUUUUUUCGGCUGUACAUUUCUUCGGAGUAAACCACGCUAUUUUGUGUUUAAGGACAACCAUGCCUUUUGUAACUCUCUCCACAGCGCUUCCGGUUCGCCGGUUCCGCAAUUUUUUUUCUUAUGUCUCCAAGCUCGAACUUUAACCUUUGGUUGCUUCGAGCCCCUUAGUCAUCUCAUCAGGCUUGAAACCCGGCGCACGUGGGCGCAUCCUUAUUUGGCUCGAUUUUUUGCCUUGUUACAGUCCUUGCCAGCAAGUGCAAUUAUUUUAGUUCUCACUUUGUGA